AUGAAUCUGUUGUGCUUCCUCCUGAGUCUGGACCUGGCCUAUGCAGCUCUGGGUCCCCUGCCCAAGCCCGUGCCUGUGCAGCCGGGCUUCCAAGCUGAGCAGGUCCAAGGCCGGUGGACCUCUGUCAAACUGGGCUCCACCAACCGGUCUGCCAUCGAAGAGGGCGGUGACUACCGGUGUUACAUGUCCUCCAUCAAGCUUCUGAAAGAUGGGAACCUGAAGGUCACCUACUUCCACAGAACAAACGACCAGUGCACAGAGGAAUUCUUCAUUGGGAAGAAGACAGCCAUCCCAGGCCAAUAUGAGUUUGACUACGAGGGCAAGAACUACAUGACCUUCGUGGUGGUCACACAUGAUUUUCUUGUGGUCGACACAGAAAACAUGAGCUCCAACAACCACCUGGUUGUGGUAGAGCUGUUUGGGAGACCCCAGCAUGCAAACACAGCUCCCCGGGCCCCGGGCACUUCUGGAGGCUGUGGCUAUUUGUCUGAUGGCCACCCUGGCUUGGCCACUCCUGGUUUGCUCUGUGGAGCCCUGCCAGAGUCUUCAGGGAUGCAGGCGCUGACCAGCCGGGUGGACCCACAGCCUACUUUGCCACCACGGCAGGAGUACGGUGGCAGGACCACGUCAGUGGAGGACAAGGGUCAUGAGGCAUACCGGACGCAUACCACCAUGAGGGGCAUCCCAGACAAGAACGUCUUCGAUCUGUCCAACCACUGUAAGCCCCUUGCAUUGCUCUCCCUUCUAGUCUGGAUGAAGCAGUUUUCCCCCGGCAAGGAGUCCUUGCUUGUUCUGGGGACCAUCCCCACCAAGUAUGGCCACGUGUCCUCUGCCCUGAGCCCCCUGGGGUCAGCAUGCCUAGGGGACACUGAGAACCUGCAACAGAGCAAGAUCCCCCUCCCCCGCUCUGCCCCACAGCAGCCUACUCAGGUGGCCCCACCCAGCUAUGCUGACAAAGUGGCCCCACACCUUGUUUAG